UAAAUUCACAAACACUUCACACACGCACACGACUUAGUGCACAGGAAAAUUUUGAUAUAUAUUUGUUUUGUAAUUUUGUAGUAAAUUUGGUGUUGCGUAGUGUGCAGAAUGAGCAAGGAAAUCAGCUUGGCCGAGGUGAAGAAGCACAACAAACCCAACGAUUUGUGGGUGAUAAUCGAGGACAAAGUCUACGAUCUGACCAAGUUUCUGAAAGAACAUCCUGGCGGCGAGGAUUCACUCAAAUCUGUGGCUGGUCGUGAUGGCACCAAGGAGUUCAUCGAUGUGGGCCACAGCCAGGAGGCGCGUCAGAUUAUGAAGAAGUUUCUUAUUGGCAAUUUGGCGGCCAGCGAUAUUAAAAAGAAGAAGCCCGUCGGUUGCCGGGAAAUCGGACUGGCCGUGGGCGGCAUUCUGCUGGGCGUGGCCCUCAUCUAUGCCUUCAAGUAUGCAACGGCCAAGAAAUAGUUGUGCAGCAGGAUUCGAACCGGCAACCACUCAACUUCAUUCCGUGCGAUGCGUUUGAUAAGCUAAAAAAAAAAAUAGUUUAAAAAACAGUCUUUUUGAUAUUGUAAUUUUGUAAAGAACAUUGAUAUUAAACCUGUAAACUCGCAAAUAGAACAAUUCUUAUAAAAACAGAAGCAAA